GAAUUACAUCGCCGCGCAUAUAUACGAAUUCUGACUUCUAGCUUCAUUCAUUAUCGGUUCGUUGUUUGCCGGUGCGGUUACGGCAGCAGUAGAACAAAUCAGGUUAAACAGCAGUCCGAUCCAAUUAUGCUACCUAAGCAUAAAUAAUGUAGUGAAGACACACGUGCAAUGCCGCGCUCUAAUACGUCUGUAUGCGUUUCAAGUGAUUGUGCUGUGUAUUGAUUAGCAUCGCGCAUCAGCUGUGAUUUGUUGUGAAAUUGUUGUGAACAAGCCGAAAACAAAAGGAAAGAAACCCAGCAUAUAUAACGCUCGCCUGGCGGUGGAUAAAAUCUUUCCGUACGUGCGUUUCAAUACGUCCCGCAAUUGUGCGACCGUGAUAAGAUUUUAUAGCAACAUAAAUCCAGCCCACCGCUAUGGAGGCACAGAAGCGAAAAGAUCGGGAUCCCUGCCCGAGACAGAAGGCUAACUUUCUCUCGUACAUCAUAUUUGCCUGGACGAUACCGAUCUUCUUCAAGGGCUACAAGAAGGAACUGAACACGGACGAUCUCUAUCAACCGUUGCGCGAGCAUAAAUCCGACGGGCUCGGUAACCGGUUGUGUGAGGCAUGGGAAAACGAACAAAAGCAGGCCCGGUUGCGAAACAGAAAACCGAAACUGUUGCGCGCAGGAUUCCGCGUGUUUGGCUGGGAAAUUACAUUGUUGGGCUUGGUGCUGUUAACACUGGAGAUGCUGUUCAAAGUAACGCAACCUUUCUUCCUGGGCAAACUGGUCGCGUACUAUUCCCGCCAGUCCGGUGAUCUUACGGAAGCGUAUCUGUAUGCCGGUGCGGUUGUACUGUGCAGUGCGAUUAAUGUCCUGUUUAUUCAUCCGUACAUGCUGUCCCAGUUGCACCUCGGUAUGAAGCUGCGUGUGGCGGCUUGCAGUAUGAUUUACCGGAAGUCGCUUCGGUUAAGUAAGACGGCACUCGGUGACACGACGGCCGGGCAGGUUGUGAAUCUGCUUUCGAACGAUGUGGGUCGGUUAGAUUUGGCCGUACUGUUUGUGCACUAUCUGUGGAUUGGACCACUGGAAACGCUGGUUGUAACGUACCUGAUGUAUCGCGAGAUUGGCUAUUCGGCCGUGUACGGUGUGCUGUUUUUGUUACUAUUUAUACCGCUGCAGGCGUAUCUGGGUAAGAAGACGUCGGAACUUCGACUGCGUACGGCACUGCGCACGGACGAACGUGUGCGGUUGAUGAACGAGAUCAUUCAGGGUAUACAGGUGAUCAAGAUGUACACGUGGGAGAAACCAUUCGCCGCGUUGGUAGCGAUGGCAAGAAAGAAGGAGAUUAAAGUGAUCCGCUACGUCUCAUACAUCCGUGGUAUAUUGCUAUCCUUCAUCAUGUUUACGACACGCGUGUCGAUCUUUCUGAGUCUCGUUGCUUAUGCGCUUGCGGGCCAAGUUGUGACGGCGGAGAAAGCGUUCGCCAUCACGGCGUAUUACAACAUUCUCCGAACAACGAUGACCAUCUUCUUCCCGCAAGGUAUCGGCCAGUUUGCGGAAGCGCUCGUGUCGGUACGGCGUAUUCAGAAAUUCAUGCAGUACGAAGAAAUCGAAGCGGCGGAAGGCGUUUCAAUGGUGGCAGUCGAUGGAAAGGAUGUAUCGUCUUCAUCGUCCGAUUUGGAGGAGAAACCCGAUGCGAACCCGCUAGCAUUGCCAAACAGCAAAUUGAUCCGUCACUCGGAAUCGGACGGUUUGAAGGAAGCUGCAUUAAGCAACCAUCUGUCCGAUGCUGGUGUGAUUGUGGAGAAAGCGGUAGCACGCUGGGAUUCGAAAGCGACCGAGUACACACUGGAUGGGGUGGAUUUGCACGUACAGCCGGGCACACUGGUGGCCGUCAUUGGCCCGGUCGGUGCGGGUAAAUCCAGUUUGAUUCAUGCGAUUCUUGGCGAGCUGCCGCUAGAAUCCGGUAGCAUCAAGGUGAACGGAGAUGUAUCGUACGCAUCACAGGAACCGUGGCUUUUCUCCGGUACGGUGCGUCAAAACAUUCUGUUCGGUUUACCGAUGGAACGGGAACGCUACAAACAGGUAGUGAAGACGUGUGCGCUCGAGCGUGACUUUCAUCUAUUUUCGGACGGCGAUAAAACGAUCGUUGGCGAGCGGGGUGUGUCACUGUCCGGUGGGCAGAAGGCACGCAUCAGUCUCGCCCGUGCCGUUUACCGGCGGGCGGAAGUUUACCUGCUCGACGAUCCACUGAGCGCGGUUGAUUCGCACGUUGGCCGGCAUCUGUUUGACCACUGCAUGCGCGACUAUCUGCGGGGCAAGAUCGUGAUAUUGGUAACGCACCAGCUGCAGUACCUGCAGAACGCGGACCAGAUUGUCGUGAUGAUGCACGGCCGGGUGGAAGCAGUCGGGACGUACGAUAAACUGCGCGAAAGUGGGCAGGACUUUGCUCAGCUAUUAGCGGCACCAUCGGGCAAGGAGGACGACAGUACCGAUACGGAAUCGAUUAAGCGAUCCGGUAGUCUGUACAAGCGACAGAACAGUGAAUCCAGCAUGGAUUCGGCAGUGGCCGAUGGUGAUGGACCGGAAACGAAAGCGAUGGAGGAACGGCAAAAGGAAGGCUCGAUCGGAUAUGAUGUGUACCGGGCGUACUUUAGAGCGAGUGGCGGUAACGUUGUGGUGCUGUUGAUUCUCUUUAUGUUUUUGCUGUCCCAGCUAAGCGCUUCCGGUGGUGAUUAUUUUCUUACCUAUUGGGUGAACAAAGCAGAGGAAAAGGCACCAGCCGUUAAUGAGGAAAGUCGUGCAACGUUUAGCGCAUUGAGCAACGCGACAGCUAUUGAUAAUGCCGAUGGCAGUGACUUCAAUGGUACGACCACAUACGAACCGCCCACAACACCAGCAGCAACAGUGGGCGGUAUAGCCAUGUUCUUUACCGCAAUCCGGCAAAUGUUUGCAACGGGCGAUGAGGAUGAGGAUCGGUAUAUUGACAUCUACAUCUUCACUGCGCUAACGGUUGCCACGGUUGUGAUAACGCUCACCAGAAGCAUGUUUUUCUUCCGGACGGCAAUGAAAGCUUCCCGCAAACUGCACGACGCCAUGUUUAAUGGUAUCACGCGUGCCUCGAUGUACUUCUUCAACACGAAUCCGUCCGGCCGUAUUCUGAACCGAUUCUCGAAGGAUAUGGGCCAAAUUGAUGAGUACCUGCCGAGUGUGACGGUGGACGUGAUACAGAUUUUCCUUUCACUGAUCGGUAUCGUGGUUGUGGUGGCGAUCGUCAACCCCUACAAUCUGAUCCCGACAGUUGUAAUUGGCAUUAUAUUUUACUUCAUGCGUGCCUUCUAUCUACUCACAUCACGCAACAUUAAGCGCGUUGAAGCAAUCACACGAUCACCGAUUUACUCUCACCUAUCGGCAUCACUUUCUGGUCUAUCUACGAUCCGUGCCUUCGGUGCAGAAAAGGUACUCGUGCACGAGUUUGACUCUCAUCAGGAUCUGCACAGUUCCGCGUUCUAUCUGUUCAUAUCGACGUCGCGCGCUUUCGGCUUCUAUCUGGACGUGUUCUGUGUGAUCUACAUUGCGAUCGUUACGCUAACGUUCUUCAUACGUGGUGAUAGUGGUGGUAACGUUGGUUUAGCUAUUACGCAAGCGCUCGGUAUGACCGGUAUGGUACAGUGGGGAAUGCGCCAAUCAGCUGAGCUCGAAAACACGAUGACAUCCGUCGAACGGGUGGUAGAGUACGAUAACGUUGAUCCUGAACCGGCGCUUGAAGCACCUGCCGAUAAGAAACCACCGAAAGAGUGGCCCCAGGAGGGACGGAUCCGUUUCGAGAAGGUAACACUGCGCUACAGUCCCGAUUCGGAUAGUGAUCUGGUGCUGCGUGAUUUGGAAUUUGAAAUUGAACCUCGCGAAAAGAUUGGCAUCGUUGGGCGAACGGGUGCGGGCAAAUCAUCGCUAAUCAAUGCACUGUUCCGGCUGUCGUACAAUGGUGGUUCGAUAUUGAUCGAUGCGCGCGACACGAACCAAAUGGGUUUGCACGAUUUGCGUGCGAAGCUUUCGAUCAUCCCACAGGAACCGGUGCUGUUCUCGGGCACGCUGCGCUACAACCUCGACCCGUUCGAUGAGUACCCGGACGAGAAGCUGUGGCGUGCACUGAAGGAGGUAAAGCUGGAGGAGGCAGUAAACGAGCUACCGUCCGGUUUGUCGUCGAAGAUUAACGAGGGUGGUAGUAACUUUAGUGUCGGCCAACGGCAACUUGUCUGCCUGGCACGGGCAAUUCUGCGCGAGAACAAAAUUCUGGUCAUGGACGAAGCGACGGCAAACGUUGAUCCGCAAACGGACAAGCUGAUCCAGCAGACGAUUCGGGAGAAAUUUAACGACUGUACAGUAUUGACGAUAGCUCACCGUUUGAACACCGUGAUGGACUCCGACAAGGUGCUUGUAAUGGACGCAGGCCGUUGCGUUGAGUUUGGAACGCCGUACGAGCUGUUAACCACCGAAGGAGGCCCCAAAGUGUUCUACGGAAUGGUGAAACAGACGGGCAAGAGCACCUUUAACACACUGCUUAAGAUCGCUGAGGAGUCUCACAAUCAAAAGCUACAACCGAUAUAGGAGGCUGAAGCAACGAAAUGAAGAUUCCUGCAUCGUACUGAUGCCAAACAUUUGCAAACUAGUUCGUAAGAUGUAUACAAGUUCCCAUCGCGAAAAUCUCUUACAGUAACCGGUAAAGAUUGUGGUGCACGCAAUGCGUGGUGCUCACCGGGAGGUGUGUGUUUAAUACCUCGUGCUUAAAACAAAAGUGGCCUUUACUUAAAGUAAUAAGUAAUCAUUUCGAACAAAUUCUGUCCUUAGUGUAGUUACCGUGUAAGGAAACACGUCCUCAUCUAGGUGGCACAUACUGAUUUAUAAAUGUAUUUAUAAGCUAAUAGCAAUAAGGUUCUGUACGUACUUUGCUAUUGUUAAGUGAAUUAUGUUUCGGAAUUUCUCAAAAGAUGUCCGGAUUCAGAAUAUUGCCUUAUAAUUACGUUUGUAAAACUGAUUUAAGAAGCUCGUUAGAAUUGAACGUUUACUGUAUCGAAAGUUUAAGAUAUAUUUGUAUUUAAACGUGUAAAAAAACUAAAAGCGGUGCCGUAUGUUUGUUGUAUUUAGAGGCGCGCACCAGUGUGUUAUAAUUUUGUUUUGUGAGAAGUUUUGUUCAUUCAUUUGGUGCCUUCAGCAACACGUCUCAGCGAACACCGGUAGAAUUAGUGCUUAAGUUAGCGAUUUAUGCGAAGCAGUAAAGUAAAACAGUAGCAAACGAACGGGCAUGUUCCAAUGAUCAAAUAAAUCAUAUUUACACAGCUCCUUUGCUGGAAACCCCCCGGCAAUGGGAGCGAGUGGAGAAGCGAUUGUAA